AUGAUCCGACAAUCGGCCUUGCCACCAGAUGAUCGGAAGAAGAUCAUCAUGGACUGUCAAGGAAAACUGGUGUAUCGGGAUGCACGGAAAAGCAUCAAACUCUUGGGUUCAAAAUUCUUCCAAGACCUUCAGGGCAGUGGAAAGUCUUCGAGCCGCACCAAGACCUAUGAUGUUAACUACACCGAGGAACCUGAGGACAUGGCCUCCUUUGUUGCCCAGGACAUGGAAGUGGAUGAGGACAUCCUGAUUCAAAGCCUGGUCGAUGAGGGAGAUGAAGAUGCUCACUUCAUCCAGGACUUCGAAGAGCAGAUUCUACUGACAUGCCAGGACUCACCUGAGUUGUCGUCUUGCUUCGUGACGUACCAAGAGGCAAGAGAAAGGCUGAAGGAGAAAGCUCGUGGACGGGGUUUCUGGCCGAUCCGUCCUGGGUUCAAUGCAAAAGGGAAAGGAAAACAUGGUGGAAAGAAAUCCAAAGGAGGAGGCAAUCUGAUGAUGAAAAGGAGGAGUUUGGCAGAAAGGAUCGCAAACUCCACAUGUCGAAAGUGUGGACAGCCGGGGCAUUGGCGCCGAGAAUGCCCCUUGAACAAUAGCCCUGACAAAGACAAGGGCGUGUUCACGGGCCUUUCCAUGGAAGAGCCAGAGGCGCUUGAAGAGACCUAUGUGGAUGUCAUGAACCAUCUGCCAGAGGAUGCGGAGAUCUACGAGCAGGACGGGACUUCAGGACUCCAUGGGGUUCAACGCAUGUACAAAGCUGUGAAUCAAAUCUUUAAGAAUAUCAGCCAAGGUUUCCAAGUUUUGAAGAAUCGCCUAGAGAGUGCAUGCAACAUGACGCAACAAGAAUCUCAUGCAUGUUUCAUGACAAGUGAUUAUUUAAAGUCCCAUGAUGCACACCAUUUGAAAGCAUCCACCUUUUCAACAUGCCUUGCAACCCGUUUGAGCGAAUGCUGUAGGAAGCAUUUCAACUUGCACCGUGAUGCUUCUGCAGCGCCAGCCACCACAGCCGUGACAGCCAAGCAUGUGGGCAACGGUGCUGUCUCUCCAGAGGAAGACAGUUUUUCCGUAGCUGCCUGUCUUUUUAACAACGAGGAAGCAGCAGGGGAAGCCAUAAUCGAUACUGGGGCCAGUAGGGCUGUGAUUGGUGAAGAAAGGGUUCCUGGAUUACUUGAUGCAAUCAGCAAGACCAUUUCAGUGAUCAAGAUCUUACAGCCAAUUCGAACGUUCCAGCUCAUCAUGUCAGAUCGCCAUGGCCCAAAGUAUCUGGAACGGGAACUUCAAGUUCCCGACGAUCCCUCGCUCACCUUUCAGGUGUCCCGGAGCGAGCAGACCGAGAUCACGAAGCCUCCGGGGAUCAACAGUCUCCAGGAAUGGGGACAACUCAAGGCACCAGCAGGGAAACAUCCAGGAAAGACCUUCGCUCAGAUUUAUGCGGAGGAUCCCAACUACGUUUAUCAGAUGAAGAACCGGAAAGGUGUGUCAUCCUGGGUAAAAAGUUUUCAGAUGUACAGCCUGGCACGGAUCGAAGCAGCUCAUCAGGAGACAAUCACUGGCAGUCAGAUGCCGCUGCCACCGCAAAGAGCAUCCAAGACAUCAUCGUCGAUGCACAAUUCUCAGGGCGAGUGGAUCACAGUGAGCAGCAUGGAGCCAGUGUCCAAGACUCACGGACCUAUGAAAACCGAGAACAAGAGAUCGAUCGAAGAGACCAAGACAUCCAUGAUGGUGGAACACGAUCCCCAGAAGGUGCAGGAGAUUCAGACCAAGAUUGCGCUCUUGCAACGAGAGCUGAAUCAGCAGAUGUACAGCGAAAGCCAGGUGAGUCGACAGCAGCUGAGCCGUUCCCCGACUCACCAAUGUGUGAGUCUUUGCAAGUUCCGGGAAUUUCCCGUGACUACCGAUGAAGAGUUUCAACACCAUCUUCGUCAAGCCUGUGCUGCCAAGAACUCACUGAGUAGGAUUCAUGGUUUCACUCCAGAGCAAUGUUUAUUGGGCAAAGCCCGAGCUCUUCCUGGAUCCAUUGUCUCGGACGAAGGAACUGGUAGUCAUGCAAUUGCAGAGAGCGACACAAGUGAGGGACAUUGGUUCAAAGAGAGUCUCCGCAGAAGGGAGAUAGCACGACGUGCAUUCGUCCAAGCGGACAAUGACUCGGCGUUUCGAAGAGCUUUGCUGAGGAGGAACCGACCGGGAACAAUAGAAUUUGAAUCAGGGGACUGGGUACUCUAUUGGCGUCAAAAUAAGGCCAAUUCACGUAAUGAGCGUGGACGCUGGCAUGGGCCUGCUCAAGUGAUUGUUGUUGAAGGUCGCAAAGCUGUUUGGUUGAGCCAUCUUGGACGCAUCAUUAGAGCCAGUCCCGAACAAAUCAGACCGGCAUCCUUGCGAGAAUACCACAGGUUGCCUCGGAAUAGCCAUGGGGAAGUCGUUGAUGAGAAUCCACAGGGUAGGGGUUUUGUUGAUUUGGGGAAUGAUGUACCUGAUGAUGUUGAAUCUGAAGGUUAUUCACCCUCUAUUGGGGAAACACCACCUGAAACACCCAUGGACCAAUCGCAACCUGAAGGAGAGAUGUUUCCGCCCGAGUCUGUUUCAACUGAAAGCCCACUGAACUCUGGAGAAAAUGAGGUCGAAUCCGAAAAGGUUGAACCACAUGAGGUACCAGUGCCCGCAUGGGGUUCGGAUGAUGAGGAUGGUUUGUGUGCUUUUGGGGACGACCUCAUAGAACCCGAAUGUGAGGCUGGAGUUUGGGAAAUCAAUAUAGCCACUGAAUCCUUUCAGAAUUGCCAGGAUGAUCCUCAGGAAAAUGAUCGUGAUCCAAUCCAUACCUUGUUUGCUGAACAUGUUCUUGUUGCAAGUAAUGCCCGAAAACAAAAGGUUGAGGUGCAGUAUCGAGGUCUGAGUGAUGGGGAUAAGAAGCUGUUUGAUGCUGCAAAACAGAAGGAAAUCAAGGCAUGGAUCGAUCACGGAACGGUUCAAAAGGUGACCAGAGGAACUUUAAAACCUGAGCAAAUAAUGCGAUGUCGCUGGAUUCUCACUUGGAAAGCUCCAGAAGUAGGAGGGGUUGAGCGUCGUGCAAAGGCACGAUUGGUUGUUCUAGGCUUUGAGGACCCAGGUUUGGCAGAGGUCCCACGAGACGCGCCAACGUUGUCCAAAGAUGGACGCCAACUCCUUCUACAGCUGGUAGCUAGUAAAGGAUGGAGUUUGCUCAAUUUCGAUAUCUCUACUGCCUUUUUAAAGGGGAAGGGUGAUGGACGACCAUUGGGGAUACAUGCACCAAGUGGUUUGGGAGAAGCAAUGGGUCUUCGAGAUGGGGAGCAAUGUCUUCUUAAGGGUGGAGCAUAUGGCCGGGUUGAUGCACCAUAUCUCUGGUAUAAGGAGCUCAGGAAAGUUUUGGAGUCACUUGGUUUUGUAGCAUGCCCUUUUGAUGGUUGUCUUUUUGUGUUGGUCACCCAAGACACCACAGGCAGUCCCAAAGUGAGAGGAGUGCUGGGAGUACAUGUUGAUGACGGCAUUGGGGGAGGGGAUUCGUACUAUAGAAGUAUCCUCCAAAAGUUAAGGGAGCGGUUCAGUUUUGGGGCGUAUAAUGAGCAUGAGUUUGACUUUUGUGGGGUACAUUAUCGUCAGUGGGAUGAUGGAACUAUUGAGAUGGAUCAAAGGGAUUAUGUAAGGAAGAUAGAGCCUAUCAAUGUUCCCAAGAACCGCCGUGCCAGCCCCGAUGCCGAUCUCAGCGACAUGGAAAAAUAUUUUCUCCGUGGCUUGUGCGGAAGUCUCCAGUAUGCUGCUGUGCAUACACGGCCAGACUUAGCAGCGAAGGUGGGACAAUUGCAAGCCACCAUCCCACGUGCAAAGGUCAAGGACUUGUUGGAAGCCAAUCGUGUUCUUUAUGAGGGGAUACGGCAUGAAGUUUGUUUGAUGAUUGUUCCCAUUCAUGUUUCCAAUGUGACCUUUUGCGCCUUUUCAGAUGCCUCCUUCUCCUCGGCCACCAACUUAGCAUCAAGACAGGGGACAUUGAUUUUCUCAACUGAUGGGAUGUUGUCCAAAAAUGAAAUGUCAGUUGUGUGUCCGAUGGCAUGGAGCUCGAGGAAAAUACCCAGGGUAGUGACUUCAACUUUAAGUGCAGAGGCAAUUGCCUUGAGCACGACCCUGGACCGCCUCAGUUACAUAAGGAUAGUGUGGGAAUGGUUGAAAAAUCCCGGCAUCAACUGGGCUGAGCCAAAUGAAGUUUUGAGCAAUGCACCCCAUUGUAAUGCGGUGACAGAUUGCAAAUCCGUUUUCGAUGUGUCAACGAAGACGGCACCACCGGCGUGCCACGAACAUCGAACCCUUUUGGAGUGUCUUUUAAUUCGAGAACGUUUGCAAGAGAACAUCUCUCUCCGGUGGAUCAACUCUCAAGCCAUGCUAGCGGACUCCCUUACAAAGAGCAUGGAAUCGGGUUUGUUACGGGAGUGUUUGAAGAGUGGUCGUUACAAGCUUUUUGAUGAGAGUGAGACUUUGAAACAAAGAGCCACCAAACGAGAGAAGUUGAAAUGGUUGCAAGGCAACUCUGGUGCACCUUCCUUUACUUGGAUCGACGGCCCCCGCUCGUUGGUUCGAACCACCACAGAGGAGGGUGCCCUCUAUGUCCAUUCACGUGAACCCUUGCUGGGAGAUCCCAUGGUAGCUAUUCGUGUCAUCGAGGACGUCUGGGGCUUAAGCAACCGCCCAAACAUGGAAUUUGGAGAUGCUUUGGCGGAUCUUUCGUGGAGCGUGUGGUGUGCCGAGCUUUAUGCAGUGGUCGUAUCACAGAGGCAAUUGAUGCUGGGUUUAGGUGUGUUGGGCUUGUGCAUUCCAAGACUUUUGAGCUCCAAGUCGGCCUCCAGUAGCAUGGCGGCCCUGACAGCCUUCGAGGAACUCUUCUUUGUUGGAGAUCCGGAAGAGCCGACUCAGGACUUGGUCUCCAUGAGAAGACGCCUAGAGCAUCCUAGAGCUAGCAUUUCUGUAUAUUUCUAUCAUUUCUAA